GUCUCGGUGGACACUCUUCCUACGACCAAAUAAAUCGCUUUAUGUGUAAUUUUGUAAAAACAGGUUGGGAGAUUUUACAUUUCUGUCUGGUCGCGUAGCGUGGCUUGGCGCGUAAACGACAUUUUCCCAAAGUAGGCUACUGUAGGCCUAUUUGGUUCACAUUUAAGUGCCGUCUUUGAAUAUAAAAUCGCCAUUUGUUCGAUUGCAUCUACAUCCCGGUGAGUGGAACAUUGGCACACUACGAGUUCAACUGGAAGCUUCUCUGGGCUGCACCAGAAAAGCCCCGUACAGCUCCCUCGCCAGGUCUCCCCGGGAUCCGUGUUUUGCAUCGCUCCUCAAUUUGCAUUUCUUCCUCAGAUUUUCCGUACGACGGGUUCAGCCGCUCGAAACCAGCGGACGCUCCGCGGCUCUGUUGUAUGUGCGCCUCCAUUUCCAAAGCAAUACGCACGGAGAAGAGACUUCUGGAAAUUUUGAAUAAUGUUGCCGAAGCUCCACGACCGGGGAAACUGAGGACAUUUUGAUUCACUGUUAUUUCUGUUGCGCACCUACGGAGACAGACACGUGUCUUCGGGGUAAACAGAAAGGGCUAGAUCGUGUCAGCAGAUAGCAUUGUUUUUUACCCCCUUUUGUUUGUUAUAGACAGCUGAGUGCAAGCUUGGCGACGAGCUAUACAUUUCAGUUUGUGCGCCUUGGUGAUAAAGACGCAUUUGGAGAUGUCGGAAGUGCUACCUUUCAACGAAGAAAAAAUGAGUCAUUAUGGAAAUGAGGGCGACGAGGGACACCUUUCCUUCACCUGUCGUCUUCAAGACACCAACAACUUCUUCAGUGGCUCACAGAAUAAACGUCCGCCGAAACUCGGACAAAUAGGCAGGAGCAAACGGGUUGUGAUUGAGGAUGAGAAUGGCGACGACGAAGCGCUGAAAAAUGGAACAGAGAAGACCCCGGCAGAGGCUUAGAGCACUCGGCUCACCACCCCCCAAAAGACACUCUUGAAAUUUUUUAUGGCGAUAUUUACCAGUUUUAAUCCAAAGACACUGUAUAUAAGCACUUUCUCUCAUGUGGCAGCAAGCAACACUUCCACGCCCUCCUCUCCCAGUCAGUCAUGGCCAUCUGGGUGACACACACUGGCAGGGGCGGGAGAUGGCAGCGAAGGAGACCCCCAGGUGGACCACCCCCCCACCCCCCCGAAACACACACACACACACAAACACACCCUCAACAACAGGGUUUCGCCAUAAAUCCAAAAGCAGGAGAAGACAACAAGAGGGGGGGGAACAAGGUGGAGGAAGGAGGCGACGCUGUCGAAAUGCAGAAAUCAGGGACAGGAUACAGAAAUAAAUCUGAUAUAAAAACUAAAGCACACACUUCUCCUAUAUCUUAUCAAUCAAAACUAUGGUACCAUUCUUUCUGCUCUUCAUUUUGAUCGAGGGCAAAUGAAGAACAGAGUUUGUAAAUAUGGAAAGGGUAGCCCAUAUUUUCUUGCACAAAGUGGGAAGCGGUAAACUGGUUUGUUCUGUGUGUUGAAGACUUUAUUUAUUGAUCCUUUGGAAUAUGUCUUUUGCAGUGACUGCAGGGAGUGUUUUUUUGUAUGUCGAGGAAACUUUGAGUGAACGAGAGUGACAUUUUUUUCACUUAACAAAUUCUCGAUGUUGCCUGAGUGUUUUUUGUUACCAUACUUUGCAGCUAACGAGUCAUUUAUAUACAGUGUACCUCCCACCUGUUUGUAAGCUUCCCAGGCUUUCACCUGGAUUGGUUAAUACUGUAACUUGACUGUACACACCCUAUGAUAAACUAUUUAUAUUGCAUUGUGCAUUAUCGUGUGUGCCAAAUCUCAUGAGGGAUAUAGUGUACUGGACAACUUGUUCUUUUUUGUGCUUUAUACAUUUUACUCAUACAAUUCAGUUGUUUUGUUGGGUUGCCAUUUUUUAGGGCUCUUUCUUAAAACACUGAAAUACCAACUCAUGCAUGGCAAAUAUGAAAUCAUGCAUGCACGGCAGAAGUUCUGAAACUCUUAUGUAUUCUUGAAGCACCUCGUAUACAGCUUUGAAUGACAAACCUCGAGAAACAGUCUUAAUUCUGCGUUGUACUGUACGAUUCACACUGAUUUGUACAGUGGCCUAAUAUCUUGUAAUAAAGAUUAUGACAAAGUACUA